UUUGGCGCAUGCGCACUUUCAGUUUCCAAAUCAAUGGACAGGGCAAACUCGGGACCAUGGCAAUUUUAUUGAAAUGAUCGUUAUGUUGUUAUAUAUUCUCAGAAAUUGUCUUAAUAUGCAUAGAGUUUUUUGUCCUUUCCGUAGGCAGCAGAGUAAAUACGUUUACACAUUUCUAUUUGAGACGGUCACCUUGUGAAAGGCGUCGAACGGGGAAAAAAAAAAACUCCCAGCAGGUUGGGUUUUUUAGGUUAUAACUUAUAUUUAAUUUUACUUUCACUAUGGGCGUAGUUCUGCGGAAUCUGCAGAAUGUGGUUCCCGUGAGACGCGCCAAACUGCGCAAAGAUGUGGAGGUCCUGAGGCACAUCUUUGGGGUCCAGAAGUUUGACAUGGGCAUCAUAUGCGUGGACAACCGCAGGAUUCAACGCUUCAACCACAUCUACAGGAAAAAGAACCAGCCCACAGAUGCGCUGUCUUUCCCCUUCUAUGAGGAUCUGAGGCCAGGCAAAAUCCCAUGUGCCCUCCAAAGAGAUGAGUAUAACUUAGGCGACAUCUUCUUAGGUGUAGAGUAUGUAAUGCAACAGUGCAAAGAGACUUCCCAGGAUCUUCAUGAAGCACUAACAGUGGUCACUGCUCAUGGGAUCUGCCACUUACUGGGGUACAGACACGAAACUGAAGAGGAGUGGAAUGAGAUGCAGCAGAAAGAAAGUUACAUUCUCAGCGAGUUCAACAGGCUAACAGGCAGCCACCUCGAGCCACUCACAAAGAGAUGCACAUAGGACAUGUGACGUUACACACUGGACCGCUUCUUGAAAGAAACUCUUGGGCCGUAAAUAAGGGAGAAAAGCACAUUUACUACCGAGUUCUGAAUCUUGAAUUAAAACCAAUGGAACACUGUUGAUUUUUCUCUAAAUAAAUUUUAUUUAAAAUGUGUUCAAGGAAGUCAAAGACUGAAUACUAAGCAAUUAAGUAGAGCUUAUACCACUGUUUCAGAGAACACCAUACACACAAUGUCCAAACAAGUCCCACUCUUCCAUGAACCUACUCGGAUGAUCAGAACAGAAAACAUGAAUAAAGUGGUUACCGAAGACAUGAAAAUGAGAACGGCAGUACAGUACAAAUCAGACAGUGAACAAGAUCUCAAAUAAAUAAAUAACAGCUGACUUCAUGUGAAGCACUCUCAUCAGAUGCUUCCUAUAUUCAGUAAACGUUUUUCAUUUGACGUC